AUGGAGACGGAGGACCAAUCAGUGUUCUGCUUUCCACAACUCAUCAACAUCUCCUGCAGGAAGCCUACGUCUCAUCAGCCUGAAGAUGUUCUUUUGACUGUUCUGCUGUCCUUCAUCUGCAUCUUCACUGUGGUUCUCAACCUGCUGGUCAUCAUCUCAAUCUCCCACUUCAGGCAGCUCCACACUCCCACCAACCUCCUCCUCCUCUCCCUCGCUGUGUCUGAUUUUCUGGUGGGCCUCCUGGUGUGGCCUGGUGAGAUCUACUUGAGAACAUCCUGCUGGACUCUUGGUGACGUUCUGUGCUUGUCGUAUAGCUACGUGUCCUUCAUCGUGACAUUUGUCUCAGUUAUUAACAUGGUGCUGAUAUCAGCUGACCGUUAUGUUGCUAUUUGUGAUCCCCUGCAUUAUAACAACAAAGUUACUGUGAAAAGAGUUCAACUUUGGGUUUGUCUUUGUUGGGUUUUUUCUCUCCUCCUCUGUAGCAUUAUUUUGAAGGAUCAACUGGCUCAUCCAGAAAAGUGUAGUUCCUGCUAUGGAGAGUGUGUCAUUAAUGUGGACUUUGAAGGAGGGAUUGUUGACCUUAUUGUGGUUUUCAUCCUUCCUCUUACUAUCAUCAUUACUCUCUACAUGAGAGUGUUUGUGGUUGCUGUGUCUCAGGCCCGAGCCAUGCGUUCUCAUGUUACGUCAAUCAAACUACAACAUUCAGUCGCUGGAAGAGCAAAGAAAUCAGAAUUGAAGGCAGCCAGGACUCUUGGUGUUCUUGUUCUUGUUUUUCUCAUGUGUUUCUGUCCAUUUUACAUUGUUUCUCUUGCAAGUUCAACCUUUACUUCAUCUGCAAAGUACUUUCAAUACUUGUUUGACUUCAACUCCUGUGUAAAUCCUUUGCUCUAUGCUCUGUUUUAUCCCUGGUUUAGAAAAGCUGUUAGACAUGUUGUCACUCUGCACAUACUGCAGCCUGGCUCCAGUGGGGAAAAUAUACUGUAA